GUAUUAGACUGGUUUUCCCAAAACCUGGACCAGCUCACGCGCACCGUACAAGAAUACACAACCAGAGCUGACGGGCGAUCUAUUUCGGGCAUCCACUGCCACACCGUACACUCGUUUUGAUCCAAUAGUCGACACUUCUUUGUCUCGUGAAAAACACAUCGCACGUUACCUAUAUUACAGUCGUGCAUCCUUGAUUAGCACGCAACUUGUUUAUAAAAGUGUCCCAAAAUGGGAAACGCGUUCAGUCCUUACUCGGCAAGGGAAGGCGCCACAGACGUCAUAAGUGAAAGUGAAACAAUGAGCGACAGUAAUACCCCGUUUGAAGACGCCCAGGAGUUCCAUGACACCAUCGACAAUGACGAAGCGCGUGUCAAGGCCAAACAAGAAGAAAUGGAUGAGUUUAGAAAACAACUGAGCUUGAAACGGGAACAAAGAAAGUUAAUCCUGGCACGGCAUAGAGCAGAAAAGGAGCAGCUAGAAAAAUCUUUAGAAGAAGCCAAUAAGGCUAAACUAGUCGUACAAGAAAACAACAGAAUGCUAAGAGAUUUGUUGACUGCGAAUAACAUAGAAAUUCCAGAAAACUUGAAGGCAUCUGAUGAAAUAUCAGAACUUAGUGGAGCAAUAGCAAGUAUGGCAGGAGAAUUUGAAGCACUGAAGUCUAGCAAUAACAAGCUGAGACGAGAUCUUACAGACUCGAAUAUGUCUCUGCAGCACGCUUAUUCAGAAAUAGCUGAUCUGAACGCUCAGAAUACGGAGUCGAUGACGCAUAUAAACGCACUGAAAGAAGUGAUAACAGUCAGCAAAACUAUGAUCAAUCUCCGAGAACAGCAGCUGAAUGAGUUAAAAGAUAAACUACGUGAAAUAGAACAGAGUCUAGCAGACAGAGAAGCAAAUAUGUUGUCUGCAGAUCUUAGACAGGAGUAUGAGAGACAAUUGCAGAAUAUUAGAACACUUCGUGGAUUGUAUGAAGAACGUGCUCGAUUGGCUGAAGUCACUAGGCAAGGAUUGGCACGUGAGCUUGAGGAACAAAAGCAACUCAAACAAGCCGAGAGUAAUAAAAACGCAGAACUUACAACUAAAGUAACCGAACUCGAAACAACAGUCACGAAUCUUGAAGAGACCCUUGAAAAUAAGAUAGAACAAAUAUCUUCAUAUCAAGAUGAGACACGACGAUUGCAGGGGGAAAUGUCUGCUGUUAACAAGCUUUUCUCCCAAGUCCUUCUUGGUUAUAAAAGUAAGCAAGAUUUAGACAAAUUAGUAGUUCGUCUUGAAGAAAACCACGGUCUUUUGACGCAUAUGGCUGAAAGAGAUAAUGGGUCAGAAGCUUCUUCAGCUCUGCCCAAACUGUUAUUGGAGAUUGUAAGUCAAGUGGAUGAAGGAGAGGAAGGACAUAAAUUUAAAGAGAGUACAAGUAGUGUCUCUAACGAAGAACCAAAGGAAGACGUCAAGACUGAAGAAACAGAAUCACAAAAUCCUAAUACAUCAGCUGAAGAAAUAGUUCAAAAUUUGCCCAAAGUAUGGAGAGUUCUCAUGGAACUUCUAAGUCAUCAAAGUGAAGCCGAAUCUGGGACUUCCGAGAAAGUUGAGACAUGCUACAAAACAGUUGAAACUAAAGCUGGCUCAGUGUUAGUGCCAAGUGUUAGUCAGACGUACAUCCGAUUAAAGGAUUUAAUCGUCGAAAAGUUGGCACUCAUCAAAGAAGUAAACCGCAUGAAACAACUUAAUGUACAUUUGGAGACUCGCUUAGAAGAACAAGAGCGUAGACUGUCUCUCGUCACAACCGAACUAAGCAAAACCUGGCACGUUGUUGGUAAGCUACGUAGACAUCACCAUCAACUACAUACUCAUGAAAAAAUACUCAAAUAUGAAUUGCAACAGAAAAGGAAACUACUUAAUGAACUUAAAGAUGAGUUAGAAUAUUGUAGAGAAAAAUGGGAACAGGCGCGCGAAAAGAACACGCAGUCGGAACGGGACUGGAGAAAACUUAGAGCUGAAUUCACUAGCAGGAAAACCAAAUCUAACUCACCGUCAUUCAACAAUUCAGGUGAAAGUGGUUAUAGUGAUGAAAGACCAUCCGAUGAUUCUUCAGAAUCAAAUGACGAAAGCGAAUAUGUAACGGAACCAUUGUUGAGGUGUAAGAAGAAAAAUAAGAAGGCAGUUGAAGCCAUUUUAGACUCUAGUGCUGAUUUUAAUUUAGUGGCAGAAAGAGAGGAUCCAGCUAGUGACAUGCUAGAUGUUGCCGAGUUGCCUCUAGAUACGCAGGAUGAUACUUCGGGUCUAGACGCAUCUAUAUCAAUUUCUAAUAAUAGUGAAAAUCGGCCGAAUAAUAAAGCCGCUGAUGAAACUGAAGAUGAAGUUGGAGAGAUAACAAACGACUCGUGCAACGAUGAUUCUUCGGGAAUUGAACAUUAUUGUAACAGUGAUUAUUGUUGUGUAGGUACAAGCAGCGAACAAGAUGCACUUGGCAACGAUAAACUGACUAAAUCCUUAAAACCGGAUGCUAAACCGACAUCAACUACAAAUAUACCUUUAAUAGAUCCCGCUGCUAUUCUUAAAAGUAUUAAAGAACAAACAGAAAGACUGGCUAAGAAAGACGAAAGAUUAAAUAAUUUAGAAAAAAAUAGUUUGUCGUUAUUAAAGAAAACACAGGCAACUGAUAAGUUGUCUAAACAAAUAGACGGUACAUUAGACCAUCUCUUAAAUCGUCCUUCAACCAGCCAAAAUACUGAAUCUAAAGAAUUCGACUUCAUAAAAAAGGGAAAGCCUACUAUUACUGAAUUAGAAAAUGAAGAUUGUAACGAAGUACAAAAUAACGAUGAUAAUAAAAUUGAUAACAGUCAACAAACAAAUUUAAGAAGCGAACCCACAAAAAGUGAAAAUGAUGAAAAAACGCCUCAAUUAAUUACUAAUAUUUUAGGAAAUACAUGUGAAAACACUGUAGCUCCAUGUCUGGAUGAUACCAACAUAAAUCUUCCUUCUACUUCCUCUAAUGUAACCAGCAUCGAUACUAAUAUACCAGAAAUUAAUGCUGAGAGUAUACACGAAAGUAUACGUCAACAAGACGAAAGACUAGCAAGAAGAGAUGAAAGACUUCAGAAACUAGAAGAAGGCUGUUCAGAAGUGGUUAAUAACAUAUCUGAUACCCUUAAAACUGGUGAAGACAUUAACACAAAAUUAGAUCAACUUCAUGAUAUGCAUCAAAAGAAAACAAACGAAGAAGCAGGAACAUUCGAGGAUAAAAGCGUUCCUGAACCAUCUACGUCAGCAGAAAUCGACCAUGAAGCCAGAUUUGCUGCACGCGAUCUUCGACUUAAAAGACUUGAAGAGCAAACUAAGUCACUCGUGAAUAAGGUAAAUAAAACCACAUCUAAAGGUGUAAAGAUACAUUACAAAUUGGAAGAGUUGCACAAUAUCUAUGGGUCCGAAAGUUCAAGAGCAGGAACACCAUCUGACGAUACUGAGGAUAAACCAACGAAUGAUGAAGAAAACACAGAACAAUAAAAGACUUACCUGUCUUGUUUUGGCCUGAAAAUGAAUACAAAUCUAAAACACUUAAGAUACUUAUUAAAAUUUGAACUGUCAUAAAACAGUGCCAAGCGUCAUCGUUAUUCAAUUCGUCACUAUCGGCCAGUGAUUGGUGUUUUUCACAACAAUUAGUAAAAAUUAGAUUUAUCGAAAAAAAUUGUAAAUGUAAUAAAAAUGUACUUAAUAAUAUAAAGGAACAAUAUGUAUAAACUGUCAAUGUCAUACAACUGAAAAUAUGUCAGAAUUUAUAGAAAAAAAAUUUCAACUACAGAUCUGAUUCACAAAAACUGACACUAAAAGUUAAUAAAUAAUAAUCUUGCUAGUUCAGUUUAAUUUAGUGUGAGCAGCUAUCUAUAUAUGAAUGGAUAUGUAAAAAUAUUGGUAAUAAUAAAAAUAUAUGUUGUGAAGUAAAGUGUUUAUUUAUCGCAAAUUUCCUUAUUCUUAGAUCACCUGCAAAUAACAUCUAGCACGUCGAAGCGGAAUAAUUGCAGGUGACUGUACAUUAAAUCCGUACACAUUCUAAUCAGGUACAUAGAACACAAAACGAACUUACAGAUGAAGAUUUUUUUACUAAAUAGGCAAAAUGGAAUUAUUUCGUGUACAAAAACAUUCUAUAACUGAAAUUUUAUAGGUAUCUUGCGCAAAUGCCGCGCCAAGGGACUCCACCAAUAAGAUAAGGUAGGUGUAAUAGUUAUUUUCAUCACACUUGCUCGAAAAAGAUCUUAUUUCAUGCAGGUGUACUGAAGGACAAAGACCUAUUUCGUUCCCGCGGGAGUUAUGGAUUGUGAAAAAAAGCUAUAUCUCCCUAGGGAGUUAUAGCUUUUAUUUUUUUAUAUGUCACUUAUUCAUACAGACCAAGUAGCAUAAAUGAGUUUUACUUUUAAAAUAAUGACGUUUAUGAUUUAAAUUUUUUGUUUAUGUUUAAAAUUAUUUAAUUUCAUUAAUUUAACAGCCCUUUAAAAUAUUUUUACUUA